UACUUGUACACAUCUUCUCUUAUCAUGACGUGGCCACCCAUGCCAUUCCAUGCUGUGUGAAGUCGGUGUGUUGCAUCUACUCCGACCGUGCAAGUGCAGUACACGUGUCACGAGAGGUACGGCCGUGCGAGUGCAGCAUGCUGGGCUGAAAGCGUAGGGCCAUGUGAUCAGGACUACCCCGUUUAUAUUGCCCACACCACACCACACGCCUCUCCCAUCUCGCUCCACACUCCACGCCUCAUCUCCCUCCUCUGCCUCCCCCUCUCUCUCCACACUGCUUAGAUCUUCCCCCCCUCUCUCUCUCUAGAAUAUGUAAGAAGGGGAGCUAGGUAACACUCCAUCACCAUAGCAGAAGCAUGGCUGAGAAGAUCUCCACGAUAAUACUUAAGGUUGACCUUGACUGCCACAAGUGCUACAAUAAAAUUCGCAAGAUUCUCUGCUGCCUCCAAGACCAGGAGAGGAUCACGACGAUCUCAUACGACAACAAGAACAACAUCGUGGUGGUCGCCGGGCCGUUCGAUGCGCAGAGGCUGUGCUGCAGGAUCCGAUGCAAGGGAGGCAAGGUGAUCAAGGACGUCCACAUCGUCGACGGAGCCGGCGGCAAGCCGGCGAAGAUGGUGGAGUCACCACCACCGCCGCCGCCGCCGCCGGUGAACACCGGCAAGAAGAAGAAAUCCAAGAAGGACAAGCACAAGGAUAUGUCGCCGCCGCCGCCGCCGCCAGCUGAGAUGAUGCCACCACUGCCAGUGGCUCAUGAGCCACCGGCCGAGCACAUGCGGCCGCUGUCGCCGCCGCCGCCGCCGCCAUCGCAGCUGGCUCCUCCUGACAGGGAGAUAUCGGCGAUGGUGCCGGCGAUCGUCGAGGAGGAGAAGCCGAGGGAGCGGCCGGGCGAGCUGGAGCUGACGCCGCCACAGGAGCGGCCGCCGAUGGAGAUGCCACCACCGGUCUCAUGCACGCCGGUGGUGGAGAAGCCGAGCCCGAGACCGGUGCACCCGCCGGCCGUGAAGCCAUACUACCCGGUGGACAUGACGACGACGACGAUGGUGGAGAUCCCGUCGUGGCCGGCGGCGCCGCCGGCGGGCCGGCCGUGCGGCGGCCCCUGCUGCGCGCCGUGCUACCAGGGGUGCUACGAGGGGUGCAGGUGCGGAAGCUGCGGCCGCGUGUACGGCUACUCCGUCCCCAGCGCCAGGCCGCCGCCGCUGCUGCCGCCACCGUGCUACGGCGGCGGCGCCAUGGCCACGCCGUACUGCGGCGGGUACAGCGGCUGCCGCCUCGUCAACGAGGAGGACCCGACGGCGUGCACCAUCAUGUGAUCGAUGUGAUUCGAUCGUCUCGUCUUUCUGCUACCUCGAGUGUUCACUAUGCACAGUUGCAUACUAUGAUUGCAUAUGCAUCGGGAUUAAUUCAGUAAUUAAAUUAAACAGUAAUUUUUGCACAGAUUGAAUGAUCAUUCAUACAUCCAUGCAUCUUCAGCUUGAAGCUGAAUUGUUGAGCAUUUCACUGUCGAUCUGUUCGUCAGUAUUUUUUUGGUACAGAUUGGUUACUGCCUUUCUCUACAUUUCACUGUCAGUCGCUCUGUCAUGCCAAUGUCAGAGAACUCACAAUCUUUAAGUUUCAAAACAACAAAAGAGAGAGAUAGCAUUAGCAUCAGAGUUUUGCUCAGAGUGGUACAACACUGAUGUGUGAUGUGUGAUCAGUUGUUAGAUUAGAAUAAUCCAGUGAGUCUAAAAGAUAAGCAGAAUCAGGUUCUGACUGCACUAAGAAAAAGGGGAUGCUUCCUGAAAGCAGUGUUCCCUUGGAUCUUGCACAUGAUAAGAG